AUGCCUGAUUCCACCCGGCCAGGGAUGAGUAUAAGCUCUUCUUAUCUAGAUUCUAUUUAUGGUAAAGGUUCCCUUGAACUUGUAUGGGAAAAUGGUCAACUUCACGUGCAGCAGUCUGAGGGGUAUUCCAUUAAAGGAAAUGAUGACGGUGCCUUCAAUGCAAAAAGUAGAAGGGUGAGUUCACUGUACUCUGUCAUGGACUUUCCCGUUCAAAAGAACUCUCCUCUGGACAAUUCACAACCAAAUUCUCGUCGAAGUUCUUCUCAUCUUGCAACAGAGGGAAGCUCGGUGAUAAACUCGUCUAAUGGAUCAGAAGGAAGCAAAAACCCUUUGAUUUUUUAUGCAUCAAACCUUCUUCCUGAUGAGCAAUCUGAAGCUGUUGGUCAUAAUAGUGCUCUCAGUACUCGCGAAUCUCGUGGUCAAUAUUGUAACCAAACCUCAAGCUCAGUAGGAGUUAAAGGAAAGGGAACAGCUGAUACUAAGUACUGUGAUGAAGCCUUGUUAGAAUCCUCUUCCCUAUGCUCACUUGGAGACUCAAAUAACAGAAACGUUUGUAGCAGGAAACAUGAUUACAUCGAUGACUCAGCGUAUAUGAGUGAUGUAAGUGGAACCAAUGAUGAAGAACCAGAAGAUGUAGUGAAGGAAAAGCCUGCUAAGGAAGCCGCCAGAGUGAAGAGAAGUAGGAAUACAGAAAAACGAAGAGAUAAGAUCAAUAAGAGGAUGCAUAUAUUGAAGGAGCUGAUACCGAAUUGUAAUAAGACGGACAAAGCUUCAAUGCUUGAUGAUGCUAUUGAAUAUCUUAAGACCCUCAAGCUUCAGUUACAGAUUAUGUCAAUGGGUAGUGGGUUUUGCAUGCCUUUUCAGAUGUUACCUAAUGCUGAUCAUCACAUUGUCAACAGUCCCCAUUUACAGCAGUUAAUGAUGGGGUUCAGGCCAGGCACAACCAUCCCUUGCUGUCUGCCUCAGUUCCCUAUGACACCUUUGCCUGCAAUCACUGACAACAGAGUUCAAAUGUUUCCUUUCCCCACCCAAGUGCCAAUCAUGCCCAUUUCUCAUGCAUCUUUCAUUCCAAUGGUUGGAAAUCCUUCUACACAAAUCCCUCCUGCAACUAGCACAGCUUCCAACCUGAAUGAAAACCCUGCUUCUUCCCAGUUAACUACUCUAUUGGCCUCACUCCCCGAGAAUUCAUAUCUUAGUGGACAAGCUGAACACGCAACAAAGCAAGCAUUAAAUCAGGUUUCCCCUCGCUACUAG